UACAAAGCACAUGGUUACCUAUAAUUACAGUCUUAAGUUUGAUUUUACAGAACCAACAUUCGAGUCUGACUUCAACCACAAAGAAGGACAUGCAUAUUAAUAAUGCUCUUUUCUUUUUUUUCUCAAAUACUUGAACUUACUUCAUUCCAGUGAUCUCCCUAGAAGUGAACCUAUUAUUUUAUUGUAAGGUUGUGUGUGUUGCUAAUUAUGUUGCUCGUCCUAACAGACUUGUUUUAAAGCAGUUUGCAGGAAUUCAAGGGGAAAUAGAAAAGUAAUCUCAAACCCCUAAACCUUAAUUGACAAGAAGGCUCAUUUCAGAGUCUGAACUAGGACUGGAUCAUAAAUUCUGUCCCAUAUCUGUCCACCGAAGUCCAGGGUGAAAGGGGAAGUCGUCAUACGGAAGCCUAACAAGUUGGUGAAGGAAAGGGUUUGUUUCACAUUUUAACCUUAAAUGUGGGUGUGGACACACAGCCCUUUGUUGACAUGUCCCAUCAUAAAAGCCUCUGGGACUUUGGGGGGCCCACAGGGUUGAUGAGGAGGGGGAAAAGUUGGGGUAUGAGGUGGUGAGCUUGAGUCUCUGGUGACAUAUUCUGCUUUCAUUUUCAGGUACAAAAUAUUGCUGGGAGGAGGAAUUUGGCCGCCAUUGAAGAUGCUCUCCCUGCUGAGAAACUCUUGGAGGAGGUGUGACUGUCUGAGGCUCCGGAACGCUUAUUCUGUAAUUACUUCUUGAUUGCCUCUGGGUGUGCUGUACAUGUGCCCGACCACGUGUGGGUUCACGCCAGCUUGCUCUGUAGACACGAGCCAGACACGUGGGUCUCCAGCAAAAUACCCCAAAGUCAAACGCCACAUUUUAAGGGGGCGGUGUUGGUUGAUGAUUUUGUUGUUGAUUGCAAUUGUAGCCAAAUCUAUGACCUGGACACCACUCUGAAUGCAUCCAAAUCAGUGCAACUCGCCCCCAAAGAAGGAAACGGGCGCUAAGUUGGGCAGGAGACCCCGGCCUGCCCCGGAGCAGGUUCCCUGGUGGUGGGGGUGGAGUAUGGGGGCUGCGGAGAGCCGCCAGUGGGUACCCGCCCAGGCCGGGGUAUGUGUCCUAGAAAGGCUCUCGGAACCCAAGGCCGCACGCCCCUCGCUGCCGGUCGGCCGAUCCCUUCCCCUGGGACCCAAGACACCUCCAACCCCAGCAUGGCCCGGCGCAGCGAGACCCAGCCGCCGGCCCGCCGCCCCGCACCCUGCCUCAGUCUGCCUGGCGCGGGCUCCGGGCGCCGGAGGCCGGACACUGCAAGCACCAAGUGACGCCGGGGGCGGGGCCUCGCGCAGGGAGCCGCGGGAUUGGCCGCAGGCGGCGGGGGGCGUGUCCGGCCCCAGAGAAAAUAGCUCGCGCGCCGCGCGGGUGCAGUCUCAGCCCGGAGCCCUACCCUUUCCGAGCCGCGCAGAACUUACCUUUUGUUAUUGUUAUUUUUUGCUGGGGAGCUCCCCAGCCCGGUCCUCCCGAACGCUCCGGCUCAGCUCGUGCCUCCUCCAACCCCGCACGCUCGCUCUCGCGCGGUGCAGCCCAGCCGGAGCGGCGAUGCGCCUCAUUCAGAACAUGUGCACCAUCGCCGAGUACCCUGCCCCGGGCAGCGCCGCCGCGGCCGCCGCCGACUGCUGCCUGGGGGCUGCCGGCCGCCGCCUGGUCAAGAUCGCCGUGGUGGGGGCCAGCGGCGUGGGCAAGACGGCGCUGGUGGUCCGGUUUCUCACCAAACGAUUCAUCGGUGACUAUGAAAGAAAUGCAGGUAAUCUCUAUACCAGACAAGUUCAGAUAGAAGGUGAAACCCUGGCUAUUCAGGUUCAAGACACUCCAGGUAUUCAGGUCCACGAGAACAGCUUGAGCUGCAGUGAGCAGCUGAAUAGGUGUAUCCGCUGGGCAGACGCUGUGGUGAUCGUCUUUUCCAUCACUGACUACAAGAGCUAUGAACUCAUUGGCCAGCUUCACCAGCACGUGCAGCAACUACACCCGGGCACGCGGCUGCCCGUGGUGGUUGUGGCCAACAAAGCUGACCUGUUGCAUAUCAAACAGGUUGACCCUCAGCUUGGACUGCAGCUAGCCGGCAUGCUGGGCUGCUUAUUCUAUGAAGUGUCUGUCAGUGAAAAUUAUAAUGAUGUCUACAGUGCCUUCCACGUCCUGUGCAAAGAAGUAAGCCACAAGCAUCAGCCUAGCAGCACGCCUGAGAAACGGAGAAGCUCCCUCAUUCCCAGGCCCAAGUCCCCCAACAUGCAGGAUCUGAAGAGAAGGUUCAAGCAGGCACUCUCUGCCAAAGUGAGGACUGUCACCUCCGUCUGAAAUGGGCACUUGAGGGGGUUUGGUCUUUCCAAGAAGAGGGCAUGAGAUUCUUCUAGUGCAGGAACAUUGAAUGCUGGCAGUAAGUCAUUACUCCAGAAAGGGCUGGAGCAGACAGGCCAAGCAGGCUCAUGGAACUGCCCCAGAAAAGGAAGUGUUGUUCCAAGCAGGGGACAGAACUGACAGGCUUGAACCAGCCCACCAAGCCACUCUCUGAAUAUGUGAAAAGUACUCUGUAUUUUCCUUUGGAGUGGGGAAGGGGUGUAAUUGCUUUGGUUUUUCUUUUCAACUACCUUGUAAAUGCUGGUCAGUUGUGCUGUGUAUGGUGGGGGUGAAGGAAGAGAUGAAGCAUUCACAGAUUUUCUUUUCUCUGCCUUCUCUCUUUUUUCUUUUUCUCCCCUCGCCCCCACCGCCUUAUCCAAAAGGAAGAGUUGCUUUUCUCAGUAUGAUUUGGAUUGCUGGAACACCAUUCUUAACAGAAUACCUUUCUAACCUGAAGGAUACACAGAUUUCUUUCUGUAAGAAGAAGAAGGAAAGUGCCCCUCCCCCCAAAAGGUCAAGUUUAUGGGCCACAGUAUUCUGAACUCAGACACUGAGUAGCUCACAGGAAGGCAGUGUUCCUCCCUGACAGGAUGGGUAUGCUUAGUUGGUGUGUUGGGUGGUUUGAACUCAAACUCUUCAACCCCAGGCUCUAACUAAUUGUGAGACUGUAUAGUUUGUUUGUUUGCUUUUAACCUAUUGCAUCAGGUACAGAAACCAGUGUGUCAGUUGUUUUUGGUGUGAUUUGUGUAAAUGGCUCAUGGCUAUGAUGUUGAGUUGUGUCCUAGGCCUGGCUGAGUUUUGCCUAUGGGUGGCUGAAGUACAAAAACACUAUCUUACAGCGAGUGAGCAGAUAGAUGCAGGGGUUGCCUGCCAAAUCCCCUACACAGAUGCACUUUAUAAAGCCACCCAUGCUUUGGCUUAAACUGUAAUUAAUUUAUUUUAUGUACAAUAAAUCUCA